ACUGCGCGGCGCUGUCAGGUCCCGAGGCGCGAGCCGCGCGAAGGCUCAUUUUCCGAAACUCCAACAGCCGGUGGCGGGAGCGGCAUAUGUUAGCUGACCGGCAGCCGGGCCAAAGCCCCACCAGGGGCGGCGGCUGGUAUGCGGAUCGCGGCGGGAGAGAGGCGCGGAGUAAAGGGGAAGCAAUGCAGAAAUCAGAGUGCCCCAGAGGUACACAGUUGAGAAACAGAGUAACAGGUAACUGUGAUCAAAGGGCACUAUCAAGUGCACAAAUAAAAUGCAGGACUACAGUUCAGCAAAUCAAAUCCUCCUCAUCAACCAGUUCUCCAGAGUCUGUACGAAAACUUCAUCCUCGACCUAGUGAUAAACUUAACCCUAAAACAAUUAACCCGUUUGCUGAACAAUCACGAGCCCCUUCUGCUUUCUCAGCUAUUUACUCUAAAGGAGGUAUACCGUGCAGAUUGGUCCAUGGUUCAGUAAGACACAGAUUACAGUGGGAAUGUCCUCCUGAAAAUCUUCCAUUUGAUCCUCUUCUUAUUACUUUAGCUGAGGGUCUGAGAGAGACUAAACAUCCAUAUACCUUUGUGUCAAAGGAGGCUUUUAGAGAAUUACUUUUGGUCAAAAGUGCUCCUGAAAAAACUGUUCCUUUGCUACCUAGACUGAUUCCUGUACUGAAGGCAGCUCUGGUCCAUUCAGAUAAUGAAGUGUUUGAAAGAGGAUUGAAUGCCCUGGUACAGUUAAGUGUUGUUGUUGGUCCUUGUCUAAAUGACCAUCUGAAACAUCUGCUUACCAGUCUUUCCAAGAGACUAAUGGACAAGAAAUUCAAAGAGCCAAUCACCAGUGCAUUACAAAAACUAGAACAGCAUGGUGGAAGUGGAAGCCUUAUCAUCAUCAAAUCUAAAAUUCCAACAUAUUGCUCCAUAUGCUGUUGAAGAAGGGAGCCAACAAAAAUCAUCUUACUACCUGGUAGCAUGUGUCAAACGCUGACCAUGGGUACCAGGGGAAUUUUAUUCAAAUAGUUCAUUUUAUUCUUUCAUAAAUCACAACCACCAUUCAUUAUUUACUAGAUUAAGAUGAGUGUACACAAUCACACUAAAUCAUAGUAAAAGUUAUUCAUCAACAAAAAAGAACCAUUAAUAAUGGAAAGCUAUUAAUAUUAAAGAACUUCUAUAAUAGUAAAA